GUGCGCGCCAUAUGAUAAACUAAAGUAUAUGUGCCCCAUCGCAGAGGUGUCGAGCUCAAGUUCCAGUUUUUUUAGAGUCGACCUCGACUGUGACAUGAGUGUUCCGGGGGCCUCGCCCUCGCAUGUUGGCGAUGUUAAUGUCGGGGGCAUGGUGGCACAAUCUCAUUCUGUCGACGCUCGCUUUGGUAGAUUCAACGAAGUCCAUGGUCCUCAAAUCAACAACGAAGCUCAUGGCCCUCAAACCAUUCACACCACCAUCAACAACUACGAUAUCUCAGCUGCCUUGAAAGAACGCCAGGACUUUGAAAACUGGCUAUCCCCUCUGAAUUUUCGCCAAACGCAGAGUGAAGUUCGUGGGAUUUGGCGAGAGGGAACGGGAGGAUGGGUGCUGGAGAAUGAGACAUUUAAACAGUGGCUAAGAGGUGAUCUGAAAACCCUUUGGUGUCCUGGGAUUCCUGGUGCUGGGAAGACUGUUCUUGCGUCAUACAUCAUUAAUCAUCUCGAGAAGAACAGAGAUAACGAUGCUACUGUGGUUUACAUUUAUUGCAACUAUAAGGAACAUUCGGGGCAGACCGCCUGUAAUCUCGUUGCAAGUCUUCUGAAACAGCUUGUACAAGAUUUCCCCCUUGCGUUUGGGCGCAUCAGCGAAGAAUUCAAACGUCAUCGAGAACAAGACUUCCGUCCAACUCUAUCCGAGAUUCGCGACGCAUUAAUAAACGAAAUUAAACAAUACUCCCAGGUCUUCAUCAUUGUGGACGCUUUAGAUGAGAUUUCCGAGGAUGACGAUACUCGUUCUGAGAUGCUGCAUUGUCUGCAAUCCCUGGAAGGUAGUUUAUAUUUGUGCGCAUGAAGACGAUGUACGCAACUAUAUCACAAACCGUAUUCGCUUGCGGACACAAUUGGACAGGCUGUUGGGUGACGCUUUGAGAGAAGAAGCCAUUGAGCGUCUGAUAAGAGAGG